GUCGACAACGAUGCGCUGCCGACACACAACAUCACGCCGCUGCCCACGGCCAUGACGGCCGCUGCGUUUUUGGGAAUCGCAUGGUAUUUGAGCGUCGAGGUCAGCGUGCGUCUGCUGUCUCGAGCCACGCGCUCGAGUCUCUACUUCUGGUCCUGUCUCGCCUGCUCCUGGGGCAUCAUCACUCACGCCGUGCUCAUCGUCCUGCUCGACUUCAAGAUCUGGGAGAGCUACGGCGCCAUCGUCCUCAUCCACCUCACGUGGUGGACCUACGUCGUCUCGCAGUCCGUGGUGCUGUAUUCGCGUCUCAACCUCGUGCUGCAGCGCCUCGAAACCGGGCGCUACGUGCUGUACAUGAUCCUCGUCAACUCGGUCGUCUUCGGGCUCGGCACCGUCGUGCUGGGCAUGGUCGCCCGCCAUCCCUCCAUGGUCGCCAACCUCGGCCGCGCAAAUCUGAUCUGGGACCGCAUCGAGCUGGCCGCCUUCUUCCUGCAGGAAACCCUCAUCUCACUGCUGUACAUCCGCAGCACCGCGCAGCACCUGCACAACGUCGCGCUACUGGGCACCAACGCGCGCACCACGCGCCGCCUCCUACGACACCUGAUUGGCGUCAACGUCUUCAUCAUCCUGCUCGACUGCUCCCUCAUCGGCCUGUGCUACGCGGGCUUCUUCUUCCUGCAGGGCUACUACAAAGCCGCCGUCUACGCCGUCAAGCUGCGCACCGAGUUCACCAUCCUGAACCAGCUGCGCUCCAGCCUGCCGGGCAGCAGCGAGCACGAGAGCGCC